AUGGAGCAUCCGGAUCCUGCAGGGCACCAGGUGGCCAUCCUCGCGGAUUCUCGUCUUUGGCCGCAGGAGUGGUCGUGGUAUUUCUUCGACUACAUGUCGAUCUACCAAUUCUACCGUGGCAGCGCAGAGAGUUAUCAGCAGCAAUGUUUCGAUCGAGCCAUGGCGAGGAUGCACUACUUCUAUGCCCAUGAGUACACUCACACCUACUUCAUCACCAAGCUUUCGCCUGCGAGAGCCUUCGACACCACACACAAGAUUGAAGUCUUCUAUGCCCCGGAUGGAGACGGGGAAGCUGGACAAAUGCAGGAGGUGCCGAUCAAGGAUCUGAAGCGGAACAGCACACCCUACUUCGAACGUGGCUGGUGCGAGGCGGAGAUGCAGUGGUCCUGCAUGCGGGGCCAGGCAUCGCAGACGGUCGCUCUCGAUUUUCAUGAGCAUUCGCGGGCUUUGUCUGACUAUUGCAGAGCCCCCAUGCCGCCUGACGUUUUCCAAAGACAAGUUGAACGUAAUGAGCUCAGGUUCACCCAUGCAGACAACUCCAAAGAUGUCAUGAAUUUGCAAAGGCGAGUCUUUCUCGCCAAGGCCGCAAACUUGGAGGUCCUGAGUCGAACGGGCUUGUCUGCAAGCCAGACCGUCAUGCUUGGCCUCGCCCUUCCCUUCUACAGCAGGUUGCAGGUUCUGAAGAUCGUCGGCAGCCAGAUCGAAGCAGAUGCUGCUGAGGAGCUAGCCAAGGCGCUGAACAUGAAGAAGCUCACGUUGUCGCACUGCUCGAUCUCGUGCGCCGCGAUGACAGCUUUAGCCGGAGGCUUGCAGGGCAGUCAGCAGCUCACACACCUCAUGUGUACAUCAUGCGCGCUUCGCAGUGAGCACGUAGAGGCAUUGUCCAGAGGUCUGACAUCACAGAGCCAGAUCAAGGUCCUGGACCUUUCGAAAAACCAGAUAGAUUGUAAUGGCGCUACCGCGUUGGCUCGAGCCUUGCUGGAAGGUAGCAGGCUGAAGCGACUCUCGCUCCGUCGCAACAAGAUUGCAGAUCGGGGCGCAGGGGCCUUCGCCGAUGUGCUCCGGCGAGCAGCGAUGGAAUCGCGACCGCUGAGUGAACUGGACCUAGACGGCAAUGAGGUCGAGGCUUCAGGAUGGGAGCUGCUAGAUCAGGCAUUGCUGGAAGUGGAGUUUCUGGCUGAGGCUUGGUUCGACAAGCUUCGGCUCGGAACACAUAAGAAACCAGAGAACUCCGAGAGUUCAGUCUUUUGGCAAAUGAUGUUUUCGCUGCUGCAUUUGUUUGUGGUCACCUUUCAUUUAGUCAUUGCAGUGUCGGCUACAAUUUUUUAUGAUUUGACUUGCAGAGACUCGUGCAAGACAACGUAUUCGUUUUGGGACAAGACCGCAGAAAACGACUUUGCGGUUAUUUCCAUGCUCCUUGUGUUGGCUCUUGCAGCUUGGUGCCUGGUUGUCCUUGCCAAGAGAGCAGGUUGCCUCGGCAUCGGGAGCCGAAAAUUCAAACUAUCCGUCUGGCGCGGAUUCAAUCUUGUCAUUUCUCUGUUUGGUGUGGUCUCGCGCCCCCUUGAAGCGAUGUCUUGGGGUGCCGGCUUUAAUUGUUUGAACCAGGACAUCUGGAUUGGUGCCCUGGUGUUGCUAGAGAUGUGGCUUUGCAGGCGGGGGUUCAAGAGCCCACCUCCCAAGCACAGCCGCCAAGGCUAA